AGUAAGAGGGGCCUUCCACUGACAAGCCGGAGCUCUCGAGCUGGCACUUGGCUACGGAACGGCUUUCGGUGUCGGUGUGCGCGCUUAGACCUCCUAAGAACACUAAAUCCCUUCUCGGAUCGUCGUGGCUUGGCCAACUAAGUCCGGGCAAAUAAUAAUAAGUUUUAAGGAGAAUUAACUUUUCGGUAUUAAGGAUUUAAGCAAUAAAGUUUGAUGAAGAGGAGUCGACUUGUCGGGAAAAGUAGCUGCUAGGCACGACGGCAUCCGCUGUCGACAGACGGCCGGUCGGGGUCAGCUUGGAAGAAAGAGAGAAGCGAGAAAAAAAAACUAACGGGUGGUGAUUUUCACGCACUAAAUCCGGGAUUUGUGGGCUACAAACGUCCAGUGGUCGUUGCUCUGGCAGCAAACGGAAGUGCAGGACCUUGAGCGAGCAAAAAAAAAAAAGAAAGAUUAAAAAUAAAAACAAGCAACACCAAAGUGUGAAUCGAAAGCAAAGUGUUCUGGUGGGGUUUUGUUCCGUCUGUGUUCUCGGUGUGAAAUUGUGACCGGUGAGAAACGUGAGCUUAAGUGAUUAAGAAUUUUUCAAAACAUACGACUAACUUUUUUCUAUUGCUGCUGCCUACGAUUAUCUCCGCGUGCGGUUUCUUGCCCCCGGAAGCGGCACGAGACACGCAGUGGAUUAGAGUUCCACUAUUAAGCCGGUCGGUUGUUUAUGAAUUUAGAGCGCGGUUCGCGCUGGGAUUGUGAAAUUUUGUGAAAGUUCUUCUGUGCAAGUGCAAGUGAUUUUGGCAAGCGGUUUUGUUUACCAGCGGCGAGCACGAACGGUGCGGAGAGAUAUCUCGAACGAUUCGUUCUAACUUUCCACGGCGGCGGUGUUCGGAAUAUUUGGACAACAUACGAAGGUUCACAGUGAGUAGGAAGCAUUCGCGUCCUGUGGGAUUUCUCCUCGAGUAGGAAGAAAACAGAAAAACCAACAACGAAAGCCGCUGGUGAAGCAGCGAGCCAAUUUUGAGACUCCGGUGAUCCAAAACAGUCAAAACGAUUUAUCUCCGGCCGUACAAGGACAUCUUCCCGGGCGGUGGCCAUAACCAGUUAAGCUCGUUAUAUCCACAGUCCGUGAUGGAACGGGGCGGCGGUGGAACGGGCAACGGUGGCCUGGAUUCCAUGGCCGAUGCCAGUGGGCUGUGCCUGCAGGAUCUCGUCAGUAAUGGCGGAGGAGGCGGAGGCGGUGGUGGUGGAGGAGGAGGCGGUGGUGCGGUGACUAACGGUAAUGGGGAUCAUCACAUGCACCACAAUCACAACAGCCAUAACCAUCACGGAUCUUUGCACGAUUCUGUCUCCGCGGGUGGAGUCAGCGUUAGUUCAGCUCUGACAAGCCUAAUGAGUCCCGGAAUCAACAGCGGACUCGGCCAUCUACACCACGGAACGCCGGAUCUCAGUGCGCAUCACCACCAUCACCAGCAUCCGUCGUCGGUGCUACACGAGCCGCUGGAAAAGCUAAAGUUGUGGGCCGAGACGGGCGAUUUUCGUGAUAAUAGUCAUAGUGCAAUGUCAGCCGUUACCAGCAUCGACCACACGCAGAUGGGCUUCCAGUCGUCGACGGUCCGAAAUCGGAGUAAUCGGGAUCGAAAGCAUGAUGUCACACGUGUCGAUCCGACGUCGGUGAAAACGGAAAACAUCAGCAGCGGUUUGUCCCACGAGGACAACGGAAGUGCCCCGGGGACGACGAUAUCACAGGACGGCAGCGGACAGGGCGGCACCGAGCAGGGCACCAAAAACGACAAGAAAAACAAACGGCAGCGGCGCCAGCGGACACACUUCACUUCCCAGCAGUUGCACGAACUGGAGCAAACCUUCAGCCGGAACCGCUAUCCGGACAUGUCGACCCGGGAGGAGAUCGCCAUGUGGACGAACCUGACCGAGGCCCGAGUUAGGGUGUGGUUCAAGAACCGACGGGCAAAAUGGCGCAAGAGGGAACGGAAUCAAAUGAACGCGAUAGCGGCGGCUGAUUUCAAGAAUGGAUUCGGGCCACAGUUUGUGCAACCUUUUGCCGACACCGACAGCCUGUACUCGUCGUAUUCGUACAACAACUGGGCGAAGGUACCGUCCCCGCUGGGGGCUAAAACUUUCCCCUGGACGGUCAAUCCGCUGGGGACGUCGAUAGUGUCGUCGAAUCACCACCAGAACUCAAUCAACUGCUUCAAUACGUCAGCCUCGUCGGUGGCGGCAGGAAUGGGAACCGGAACAAUGCUGCCCGGCAGUAUGGGAACCAGCUUGGGCGGAUCGAGCGGUGGAACUGGGGUCUCGCCAACGCAGUGCCCGUACACGACUCCAACCAAUCCGUACAGCAUGUACCAUCAUCGAGCAACGGCGGAACCCUGCACGGCAAUGACCUCCAGUAUUGCGACGUUGAGAUUGAAAGCCAAGCAACACGCCUCCGGUUUCUCUAGUCCUUACUCGGCACCGUCACCGGUAUCAAGAUCGAACUCGGCCGGCUUAUCUGCAUGUCAGUACGCCGGCGUCACGGAUUCUGUCUGAGAAAACGCCCUGGGCAGCAUGCUGUCCCAUUCGUCAUCGCUCGCCAUGUACAACACCAGCAUCAACAGUGCCAUCAACGUUGCCGUCAACCACAACAACAAUGGCAACAACAAUCACAACAACAACGGCGGCGGUCCGGACAAAACUGGCACCUCAGGCCUUGACGAAGACGACCUCAUGGUACCGGACGACGAUGACGAUGACCAUCGGCGGAACAAUGUUGACGAUAUUCACGACUGAACGUGCGAGGCCUUCCUGCGCCAUACAUUUCUCGGCUAAUCUUGGUUGAGUGCAACUUAUCUUAUCCUUGUCACGAGCUGUUCUCGAGCUAAAGAAGAAAAAGAAAACAAACACCCAAUUUUGGCUGUUAGCGGCACACGAACUUCAAAGCGACUCGGUUUGUUUGUUUAUAUGUAUAAAUCAGCCCUGCCAGCGCCGGUUGGCAGCCAUACCUUGGUUGCGCUGCCCGCCGCCGGACAGAGAGGGCGGCACGGAAUCAAAGACAUUUCGCUAUCAGCAUCGAACACGAAAAGGGAUUAAGGCUGGCAUUAGAAGCUUUGAUAUCGAUCACCGUCGACGUCGUCGUCGUUGUUGACGGCGGCGUCGGCGAUGGCAGUGACGCUGCACGCAGCUCCGGGACAGAGGAGCUGAUUGAGAAAUCGGCCGACAAAAAUUAGGUACCAACUGACGAAAAAUGCACUUAGACAGGAGGCUAAUUGGGGUGUGCGAUAAAUCGGCAGUAUUGUGUUUGUUGGGAUUUUUUUUUUGUGUAAAGGUUGGCGUGCUGACGACUUUCGGCUAGAGCUGAAAUCUCAGAAGCAUUCGAAUAUCUAGGGUGACAUGGGGGUUUUAGCGUUUUGAGUUUUAAUUGUUUGUAGUCGAUUAGUAGACUCGUCGGUUAGUUUAUGAACUUAUGAGGAAUUUCUUGCCAAUUUACCUUAGCCAGUACCUAUCUUCUCGAAUUUAGUGAAACUUUUUGAGUUUGGUGACAUCGAGAAUUUGAGUGUAAUUUAGAGAAUCCAGGGGAAUUUUGAAUGAAAAAUUAAGCAUGGGAAUUGCUCCAACUUAGAACGCAAUAAGCACAAGGGAUUGAUGACUGUUCAACAACUGUCCAAAUGCUACAUUGUGAUUUUUAUUUGUCGGUUAAGUACUCGUCAUAAAUUCUAGAUAUCUUUCAAUGUACAAUUUUAUGGCAUUUCACGCAACAAUUUGGUUACGAUGUAAAAAUUAAUUCAUUUUGUUCUGAAUUUGGAUGACCUCCUGAAAAUAUUGUAUGAUUAUUUGACAUUUGGUGCGAUUUUUGAGAACUUUUUUACAGUUUGUUCACAAUACAGGGUGAUUGGUUCCUAAUUAAGAGUAUUACCAGGGCUGAUAGAGGGCCAUAUUUGAUGAAAGAAAAACUCUUCUACUCAUAUGUCCUUACGUUAAUUACCUCAACAUUUAAAAGCUCAGGAAAAUUUCUACUGGAAACAGCUUUUACAUGUCUGAAAGGACUGAAAUUCUGGAGGCAAAAAUGUUCAAAAGUAGUACUGUUGUAAAUGUAUUUUGAUGUUCUCUCAUAAAGAAACUUCGUUAACAUUAAUAUUCUUUUAGCUCAAAUUGGACGUUUUUAAGCGCUCUACAGUUCGUUCUUCAAGACCAAUUCUCCAUCUGCUUUGAGUUCGAGAAAUUUUGAUUUUUAAGCAGCAUCCAUUUUCUUAGCUUCCAAAUGAAAGCGAUAGAACUGCUCUAAGUGGUAUACAUUUUAGGUCAGAGCCAUUCUAUGGAAUGGUAUCCUAAAAGCUUAAAAGUUGAAAAACCCGAGUUGAUUAACGUUAGAACAUAUGCGUAGAAAAGUUUUUUCAUCAAAUGUGGCCCUCUGUCAGCACCUUGAAUACUCCCAAGAAGGAACCAAACACCCUGUAUAAGACGUCUUCUUGGUGCCAUUUUUAUUUGCUCGUCAAAAUUUUGGCAAUUUUUUGGUAAUUCUUUUGCGAUUGAUAAGUUUCCAUUUUUUUUAUUUUCGUAGAGGUUUUAUUUUUUUCCUCUAUACUUAGCAGUUUUUUUUUAUUCCUUGCUGACGUAUUUCAGACACAAUUUUAAGUAGCAUUUGAACAAAAUUUUUAUGAUUUUGCGACAUUUUUUGAUGAAAUUUUUCAAAUUGAAAUUUUACGAUUUUACUAAAAACAAUUUUAACUUUUCGGUAUACUGUCACGGCUGAUUCAAAAUAGUUUUUUAUUUUGAUAAAAAAAUUCAUAAUAUCUUAUUUUUUUCGGAUUAUUCAACGUUUUUUAAAAAUAACUUAAUAACUGAUGUUUCUAACAUUUUAACAGGUUCAGUCAGAUUUUACGAACUGUUCGAAAAACUUUCAUUUAUUUUGGUGCGACUAUGUACACCCUUAUUAAGAUUUAAAGUUAGAUUAGUUGGAACAAAAUUAUGGAAAUUUGUAGACAUGUGAAGAAUUAUUAAUGAUAUUUCAGCGGUUAGGCAAAUCCGUUUUUGUUCUCUAUAUUUCUUUAAUGUUUUUUUUUUUUGAAACAUCGGUGCAUCAUCAAUCACUUUUCAACGAGCUCUUGAUGAUUUUAAUUUAUAACAGCUUCAACAAUUUUUGACAAAGUUUGGAAAAAUUUUACAAUAUUCUGCUGCUUUAUAGGCAAUGUUUUACUACUUUUUUAAAAACUUCUUAGCGAUUUAUCUACGGUUUAAAGGAGUACUUAAAAAUUUUAUGCCAAUUUCUUAUUGAGAAAUGAUAGUUUGAACAAAAUUUCAAAGAUUUUUUUUAAAGCAACGUGGUGUCAAAUUUGAUGUCAUUUUUUUCUUAUACGAUUUUUUAAAAUAAAUUUUUCAUUAAUUUUGGUGAUACUUUUGAUUGACUU